UGUCUUGAAGUAUCAUCGUGCAUGCAUUUUUGUGCGCAUUUCUCUCUCUCUCUCUGUCUCUCUCUGUUUUUGCUCUGCAUGCACACGCUUCCUCUUCUCUCUCCCCCAAAACCCAAAAUCACCUCACCGCCGUUUCACCUCUCCGUUCACCGGAAUCUCAGCCCAAUCCUCUGAUCCAACCGCCUCUCCGAUCACUGCUCCAUUACCGAAUCAAAAAAAAAAAAAAAAAAACUCCAACUCCAACCCAAAGCGAAGCUCCGCUCAGCUCUUCUUCGUCAACAACCGCAAAAUUUGAAUGAAACUAGUUCCGGUGACUGUUGGUUACGGAGUGAGUAAAUUAAGAAUUUGAAUUUGAAUUCGAAAAUGGCGUCGUCGAACUCGAAGAAGACUUGCAUGAAUGUACUGUGCGGUGAGUCCACGUCGGUGGAUUCGAAAAAAGGUUGGGCUCUGCGAUCCGGCGAUUUCGCUAAGCUCUGUGAUAAGUGCGGGUCUGUGUAUGAGCAAUCGAUUUUCUGUGAUGUGUAUCACUCCAAGGACUCUGGUUGGAGGGAGUGCACUUCAUGUGGCAAGCGCCUUCACUGUGGGUGCAUCACUUCCAUUUCUCUGGUUGAGCUGCUUGAUUGCGGUGGUGUAAGCUGUAUAAACUGUGCGAAGAAUACAGGACUUGUCCCUAUUUCAAGCAAUGAAAAGCCUGAUGGAUUUGGCACUUCCAAAGUUGAUAAUGUCAAUGAAUUGCAUCCCAGUUCUAUGGGCACCCAACUGGAUGGAAAUAGCAUUGAAAAAUUGAAGCUUAUGCAAUUGGGCAAUAAUAUUGAGGGUAAUGGGCUUAGGCACUUGCUUCAAUCUCAUAAUGCUGACACAAUUGGGUCUUUUGGGAAAUUGAAAGAGGAGGAAGUUUUUCCUUCUGUGGGAGAAAUUGGAACUGCAUGUUUCUCAAAUUUUAAUCAGGCAUGCAAUGGAUCGUCCAACGCUACCAAACCAGACUUAUAUAAAGCAAACAUGGGGACAAAAGAUAUAUAUGAGUCACUGCCACAGACAAACUUGAGUAUGACUCUGGGUGCUCCCUCAGGAAAUUCAAGUCCCCUUCCUAGUGCUGUUGUUGAUGAAAGGGAAAAUAGAAAGACAUCCUCUCCAUUCCUACAGGGGCCCAGGUCUCGCCAUCUUUUGCCUAAACCGCCAAGGUCAGCCCUUGCAGGAGGUUUGGAGGCAAAUGCUGGCAUGGUUUCUCAGAUACGUGUUGCAAGGCCACCUGCUGAAGGACGGGGACGGAAUCAGUUGCUUCCUCGUUAUUGGCCAAGGAUCACAGACCAAGAGUUACAGCAAAUAUCUGGAGAUUCUAAUUCCACAAUUGUGCCACUGUUUGAAAAGAUGCUGAGUGCCAGUGAUGCUGGUCGAAUUGGUCGUUUGGUUCUCCCUAAAGCAUGUGCUGAAGCAUAUUUUCCUGCUAUUUCUCAACCAGAGGGCCUUCCUUUAAGGAUUCAAGACGUGAAGGGAAAAGAAUGGGUGUUUCAGUUUAGAUUUUGGCCUAAUAAUAACAGCAGAAUGUAUGUUUUGGAGGGUGUAACUCCCUGCAUACAGUCAAUGCAGUUGCAAGCUGGAGAUACAGUAACUUUUAGCCGUAUGGAUCCUGAAGGAAAACUUAUCAUGGGGUUCCGGAAAGCUUCGAAUUCUGUUGCAAUGCAGGACACCUAUCCAUCUGCCAUUCCAAAUGGUGCUCAUUCAAGUGAAACUUUGUUUUCGGGUAUUUUUGAGAACCUACCUAUAAUAAGUGGUUACUCUGGCCUUCUUCAGUCACUUAAGGGAAGCGCGGAUCCAAAUUUAAAUGCACUUUCCAAACACUUGAGUUCAGCUACUGGUGAUAUUAGCUGGCAUAAGUCUGAGAAGCUUGAAGACAGGACAAGGGAGGGCUUGCUGCUGCCUCCAGAGAGGAAAAAGGCACGAAAUAUUGGUUCCAAAAGUAAGAGGUUGCUCAUUGAUAGCCAAGAUGUUCUGGAGCUGAAACUUACGUGGGAAGAGGCACAGGAUUUGCUCUACCCACCUCCAUCUUUUAAGCCAAGCAUAGUCAUGAUUGAAGACCAUGAAUUUGAAGAGUAUGAAGAACCUCCAGUUUUUGGAAAGAGAAGUAUUUUUGUUGCUCGUUCAACUGGCUUGAUCUUCAGGGGACAAGAGCAAUGGGCUCAGUGUGAUAGUUGCUCCAAAUGGCGAAGGUUGCCAGUUGAUGUACUUAUUCCUCCUAAGUGGACAUGUGCAGAUAAUGCUUGGGAUCAAAACAGGUGCUCAUGUUCUGCACCAGAUGAAUUGAACCCUAGGGAACUGGAAAAUCUUCUCAGACUGAAUAAGGAAUUCAAGAAAAGGAGAACAAUGACAAGCAAUAGGCCAAACCAAGGGCAUGAAUCGUCAGGACUGGAUGCUUUGGCUAAUGCUGCAAUUCUUGGAGAUAGUGUAGGCGACCCGGGCACCACAUCAGUAGCUACCACAACAAAACACCCCAGGCACCGGCCUGGCUGCUCUUGCAUUGUGUGCAUCCAACCCCCUAGUGGGAAGGGCAAGCACAAGCCUACAUGCACAUGCAAUGUGUGCAUGACAGUUAAACGUCGCUUUAAAACCUUAAUGAUGCGCAAGAAAAAGCGUCAAUCAGAGCGGGAAGCAGAGAUUGCCCAGAGAAAUCAGCAGACGUGGGGCUCUAGGGAUGAAGCAGAAGUAGACAGCACUUCUAGGCAUGCAUCAUCUCACCUUGAUCCUUCAGAGAAUGAAGCUAGGUCGGCAAAUGAGUUAGAAUCCAAGAGCCAAAGCAAAUUGGUCGACACUGGAAAGGGUCACUUGGACUUGAAUUGCCAUCCUGACCGAGAAGAAGAAUUGCAAGCAGGAUCAAAACGUAUGAGCAUGAUGAGUCUUCUUCAAGAAGCAAGCCUUCCAUUGGAGACGUAUUUGAAGCAGAAUGGUCUUACUCUUACAAGCUUGAUCACUGAGCAACAAGCAAGUUCAGCAUCACAAAUUCUGCCACAAGCCUCCAACGAGAAUGAGGGACAACUUAAUGAGGAUUGCUGUUUUGUUUCUGCUGAACAAGAGCGAGAAGGAGGCGGUGAAGAGUAUUGUGGACCAGAUCCGAGCCAAAACGAUGCUCAAACAUGAAGUCCUGUUUCUUUUAGCCUUUUAUAUUUUGGUUGCUUGUUUUUCCUACUAAUACUAUAUAGGCCUUUCUCCGGUUUGAAAUAUGUUUUUUUAGUUCAGAGAGUGCAUGUGUGUUUUCUUUCUCAUAUUAAUUGUAAUAUAUACAUACCCAUAAUUUUUUUUCUUACCAAGUUUUGAUGAGAUGUAUAUGCAAGGACAAUAUUUUCUGUUCCCCCA